UUCAGAGAAAGAGAAACUGAAGUGUAGCUGAGCUGUUGUUUGUUUGUGUCUCUGUAUUCAUGCAGUAAAAUGGCCGAAGCAAGAGUUUCUCAGGAUGAAUUCUUGUGUCCAGUGUGUCUGGAUCUCGUGAAGGAUCCAGUGACCAUCCAUUGCGGACACAGUUACUGUAAGAGCUGUAUUACAGACCACUGGGAUCAGGAGAAUCAGAAGAGAGUCUACAGCUGUCCUCAGUGCAGACAGACCUUCAGUCCAAGACCUGCUUUAUCUAGAAACACCAUGCUGGCUGAAGUGGUGGAGAAACUGAAGAAGACCAGACUCUCUGCUGACUGUGAGGCUGGAGCUGGAGAUGUGCAGUGUGACGUCUGUACUGGAAGAAAAUACAGAGCCAUCAAAUCCUGUCUGGUGUGUCUGAACUCUUACUGUCAGAAUCACCUCGAACAACAUGAGAGUUGGUUUAAAGGAAACAGACACAAUUUGACUGAAGCCACUGGACAUCUGCAGGAGAUGAUCUGCCAGAAACAUGAGAAGCCCCUUGAGGUUUUCUGUCGCACUGAUCAGAAAUGUAUAUGUGUGCUGUGUACGGUUAUGGAACAUAAGAACCAUGACAUUGUAUCAGCUGCAGAAGAGAGGACAGAGAAACAGCAACAGCUGAAGGAGACACAGAAUAUGUUCCAGCAGAGAGUGAAAGAUCUCCAGCAGCUGAGAGAGACUGUGGAGUCUCUUAAGCGCUCUGCACAGACAGCAGUGGAGGACAGUGAGAGGAUCUUU